AUGUGGAAUCAGUCGGACACCUUUGCAGGCCAGCAUGAGGGCUGUAGUGGAGAUGGUACAUGUCCUGGCUCUUUGUUGCCAGUAAAAAGUGAAAAUCUUGAUGAUUAUUGGUCAAUGGAUAAAGAAGAAAUCAUCAUUACUGGAAUACCUCGGCAGGAGUCUGGUUUGGACCUUCUGGUACCCUCACCAAGCUCUUCCAGUGGUGACAGUGACAAGAGCGAGGAGAAAAGAAAGCGCAAUAAUCAGGCUUCUAAAAAGUUCAGACAAGCAAGGAAGGGCAAACAGCAAGCUUUGUUUGCCAAAGAAAGUGAGCUAGAAAGAGAGAAUUAUUCUUUAAAAGUACAAGUGGAACAGCUUAUCAGGGAGCUAAAUCAGUUAAAGGCUGCCCUACAUGGAGGGUCUAAAUGA